GAAAAUAAAGCCACAGCAGCAAGAGGGGGGGCGGAAUGUAGUCUUUCUCAGGGUUAACAUCAGAAGACAAGCUUGUGCGGCUUGGCCAAUCAGAUGCGCCCCUGCCAGCUAUAAUAUAGUGCGAAAGGCAGCCUGUCUCACAAGCUCUCCAGCCUUGCUACCAUUUAAAAUCAGGCUCUUUUUGUCUUUUAAUUGCUGUCUCGAGACCCAACUCCGAUGUGUUCCGUUACCAGCGACCGGCAGCCUGCCAUCGCAGCCCCUGUCUGGGUGGCGAUCGGAGACAAGUCCCCUGCAGCAGCGGCAGGCAAGGUUAUAUAGGAAGAGAAAGAGCCAGGCAGCGCCAGAGGGAACGAACGAGCCGAGCGAGGAAGGGAGAGCCGAGCGCAAGGAGGAGCGCACACGCACACACCCGCGCGUACCCGCUCGCGCACAGACCGCGCGGGGACAGCUCGCAAGUCCUCGGGUUCCGCGGACGAGAUGCUGCUGCUAGCGAGAUGUCUUCUGGUGGUCCUCGCUUCCUCGCUGCUGGUGUGCCCCGGGCUGGCGUGCGGGCCCGGCAGGGGGUUUGGAAAGAGGCGGCACCCCAAAAAGCUGACCCCUUUAGCCUACAAGCAGUUUAUCCCCAACGUAGCCGAGAAGACCCUAGGGGCCAGCGGCAGAUACGAAGGGAAGAUCACAAGAAACUCCGAGCGAUUUAAGGAACUCACCCCCAAUUAUAACCCCGACAUCAUAUUUAAGGAUGAGGAAAACACGGGAGCAGACCGGCUGAUGACUCAGAGGUGCAAAGACAAGCUAAAUGCCUUGGCCAUCUCUGUGAUGAACCAGUGGCCGGGAGUGAAGCUACGUGUGACUGAGGGCUGGGAUGAGGAUGGCCAUCAUUCAGAGGAGUCUCUACACUACGAGGGCCGAGCAGUGGACAUCACCACAUCUGACCGGGACCGCAGCAAGUACGGCAUGCUGGCUCGCCUGGCUGUGGAGGCCGGCUUCGACUGGGUCUACUAUGAAUCUAAAGCACACAUCCACUGCUCUGUGAAAGCGGAGAACUCGGUGGCGGCCAAAUCCGGGGGCUGCUUCCCGGGAUCCGCCACAGUGCACCUGGAGCAGGGUGGCACCAAGCUGGUGAAGGACCUGCGUCCGGGAGACCGCGUGUUAGCCGCUGACGACCAGGGCCGGCUGCUGUACAGCGACUUCCUCACCUUCCUGGACCGCGACGAAGGCGCCAAGAAGGUCUUUUACGUGAUCGAGACGCGGGAGCCGCGCGAACGCCUGCUGCUCACCGCCGCGCACCUGCUCUUCGUGGCGCCGCACAACGACUCGGGAGCCGCGGGGCCCGCACCCGGACCGAGCGCGCUCUUCGCCAGCCGCGUGCGCCCCGGGCAGCGUGUGUACGUGGUGGCCGAACGCGGCGGGGACCGCCGGCUGCUGCCAGCCGCGGUGCACAGCGUGACGCUGCGUGAGGAGGCCGCGGGCGCGUACGCGCCGCUCACGGCGCACGGCACCAUCCUCAUCAACCGGGUGCUGGCCUCGUGCUACGCCGUCAUCGAGGAGCACGGCUGGGCGCACCGGGCCUUCGCGCCCUUCCGCUUGGCGCACGCGCUCCUGGCCGCGCUGGCGCCCGCCCGCACGGACGCCGGGGGUGGGGGCAGCGUCCCCGCACCCCAACCCGCAGCGGAGGCGAGGGGCUCAGGGCCGGCCUCGGGCAUCCACUGGUACUCGCAGCUGCUCUACCAAAUUGGCACCUGGCUGUUGGACAGCGAGACCUUGCAUCCCUUGGGAAUGGCGGUCAAGUCCAGCUGAAGUCGGAGGGGACUGGGCAGGGGGUGUAGG